CGGAAACGCGUCCCGAUGACGUCUCCGUCGGAGAACAAAAACAAACCUCCGUCUUGCAACAUCAACGCUGGUGUGUUUCGCUCCGUUUGUCCCGUUUACCGCUUUUAAAACCUCCAUGUCGGCUUGACUCUGCGUGUUCAUGGUUGUCGUCGGGGGCCGGGUGAAGCUGUAGUUGUGACCGGUAACAGCUCGGUAACGGUCGUUGUGGCAGCCAUGGCUCAGCAGAGAGGAGUCAACAGCCUGCAGUUCAACCAGGACCAGAGCUGUUUCUGCUGUGCUAUGGAGACAGGGGUCAGGAUUUACAAUGUGGAGCCCCUGAUGGAGAAGGGCCACCUGGAUCAUGAGCAGGUAGGCAGUGUGGCUCUGUGCUCCAUGCUGCAUCGAUCCAACCUGCUGGCUAUAGUCGGAGGAGGAGUCAAUCCCAAGUUCUCAGAAAUAUCUGUGCUGAUCUGGGAUGAUGCUCGGGAGUCACGAGACCCCAAAGACAAGCUGGUCCUGGAGUUCACCUUCACUAAACCUGUUCUGGCUGUUCGCAUGAGGCAUGACAAGAUCAUCAUCGUAUUAAAGAACAGGAUCUAUGUGUACAGUUUUCCAGACAACCCUGUCAAACUUUUUGAGUUUGACACCAGAGACAACCCCAAAGGUCUGUGUGACUUAUGUCCCAGUCUGGAGAAACAGCUGCUGGUCUUCCCAGGUCAUAAAUGUGGCAGCCUGCAGCUGGUUGACUUGUCCAACACAAAGCCUGGAACAUCGUCUGCCCCUUUUACCAUCAACGCCCACCAGAGUGAGAUCGCCUGCGUGGCUCUGAACCAGCCCGGCAGUGUGGCGGCUUCGGCCUCUCGUAAAGGAACGCUCAUCCGCCUGUUUGACACGACGACCAGAGACAAGCUGGUGGAGCUGCGCAGAGGAACCGACCCGGCCACUCUCUACUGCAUCAACUUCAGCCAUGACUCCUCGUUCCUCUGCGCCUCCAGCGACAAAGGCACAGUUCACAUCUUUGCACUCAAAGACACCAAACUCAACCGACGCUCUGCACUGGCUCGUGUUGGGAAGGUGGGUCCUGUGAUUGGUCAGUACGUGGACAGUCAGUGGUCUCUGGCCAGCUUCACGGUGCCAGCUGAGUGUGCCUGUAUCUGUGCUUUUGGAAAGAACACGUCCAAGAACGUCAACUCUGUCAUCGCCAUAUGUGUGGACGGGACCUUCCACAAGUAUGUGUUCACCCCUGAUGGAAACUGCAACCGAGAGGCCUUCGACGUGUAUCUAGACAUAUGUGAUGACGACGACUUCUGAGGCCAGAGGGAGAAGCCAGUUUAAAACCUCGACUGGACGACGCGAGCGCGAGGAGGACAACGAUGAACGGAAACGGCCGAGUUCGUGAUUACUGUUCUGGAGACGGAUGGGAAAUCGGUCUGAGACACAGAACCCGAGACGGGUGGACAAACACAGACUUGAUGCCGAGGCCUGUUUUAUGAAGUCCUUUGUCUUUGUAAUCAGUUGUAUCUACAGUAUGUAGCAGUGUGAAUAUAAAUACAGUUUUCUAUUAGCCUGUAAACACGAGUCUGGCUGGUUGAUGUGGAAAAGACCCUUAAACGACAGAUGUAUUUAAACCUUGGAAGUCAAGUCAUUUGUAAGUAAGUACGUUUCUGUAUACAGCACUUUUGCUGAGCUGACGUCACAAAGUGCUUCACAGUAAAGACAAAAAAAGAAAGUCGGCUAAAAACCAAGUGUAAAAUAAUGUAAGAUAGUAAAAGCUAUACAAAAAAAAAAAAAGUCUGAACAAGUGGCUCUUGAGCUGCUGGGUUUUUUUGCUGUAUUUGUGAGAGAUUAGUUGUUAAAGUCAAACUGAAAAUAAAAUUCAUUUUUGCUAAAAAAAAAAAAAAAUCUUCUCUGGCGUUACUUGGUCAAAAUUGUAAUUAUCAAAAAGAAGACAUUUAUUUUUCUGCAGAGAUAGCGCCCCCUGCAUUCCUUUUUCUCCAGGAGACGCACACAGUCACGGUGGCAUGAGAGCGUUUGGGCACUCCGGGUCAAAAUUGAGAAGAAGAUGGACUGAUCUCCAAAAGGCAUAGAGCUAAAGAUGAAACAUUCUUUUCAACAUUUUAAGCAAGAUUAGUGAAUUACUUUUGAUUUGUACACGUUCAGAGUGAAAAAAAGAAAAAGAGAUCUGAGCUCUCAGGAUAAAGAUCCUUAACGCACCUCAAAACCCACGAUGGACGACCUGAAGAGGUGCGAGCUGAAGGUUCCGCCAUGGCCCCCGCAGUCCCCGGACCUAACCGUCAUGGAAAAUGUGUGGAUAGACCUUAAGAGAGCAGCGAGUGCAAGACGACCCAAGAAUCUCACAAAACUAGAAGCUUUUUGCAGGAAGAAUGAAGAAACUGUAAAAGAUGGAAAUAAGAAAGUAAUCUUGCUGAAAAUAUUAAAAUGAAAUGUUUCAUCUUUAACUUUAUGCCUUUUGGAAAUCAGGUCGUCUCCUACUCACUUAACGCUUGACAGUAACAGAAGUUUUGACCAGAGGUCCCGAAACUUUUCAUGACACUGUAUUUUAAUUGUAUUUUAUAAGUCACGGAUACAUGCAGUGGGUCAAAAAGUGCAGUAUUUCCCACUGCGUCGUAGUAGAACAGAAGUACAAGGUGACGUAAACUAGAAAUAGUCAAAACAGAACUUGAGUGAAUAAACUUUUCACCACUGAUUUAGAUUCCUAUGUUGUAAGGCCGAAACAAGGUCCCAAAAAACUUACGUCACCUCAACUUAUGUACUUGCUGUUGCACAAACUGCAGGUUGUUAUUCUCUGCAGAUGUUCCUCCAGAUGUAGCACUUGGUCCUGCGUUAAAUGUUGCUGAAUCCUACUAAACUGUUUGUGCAACAGACCCCACUUUGACCUUAUAAAUUCUAACCCCUGUCCCUGCCAUCACGUUUGUUCUGAUGCAUCCAAGGUUUGCUUUUAGCUUCUGCGCCGUUUUACAGUUUUUGUUUACAUGAGGCCUUUUCAGCCACUUGUCAUUUGUGCAAGUGGGAUGAUGUUUAAAUGUCAGCGCUGAGUCACUCGCCUGAAAACAAACCUGAAAAAUUCAUAUUUAAUAUGUUGUGUGGCCUCCACUGUCAUGGUUAAAAUAAAUAUCUGUUUUACUGGGUUGUUCUCAAGUGUCUGUUUAUGUGAGACCAGCAGAUAUAAUGUGAUAAAUUUUCGAAUAGUUCACUUUUUUCUCGUGUUUUCUUACGGAUGAGAAUUUUCAGAAUGUUCAGUAUGUGUAUUUUAUUUUUGUUAUUUUCUUCUGUACUAUAUUUGAAGUAAAUCUAAUCUACUGGGUUUGUGAACUUUUUUUUGUGCUUUAUAAUGAUUAAUACUGCAAAGUGUUUGUUACAUUUUAUAUCAUCCCAGAGCCACCACACUUGUAUUAUUUGGUACUGUAUUACCAAAUAAUCAUUCUGACGUCUUUAAGAAAAAUGCCAAAGUCUCUGGUUUCAGCUGAUUACUAUGUGGUUUCCUACGUCUUUAUAAUAGUAAACUGAAUAUUUGG